GCAAUCUGUGGCGCUGUGCUUUGCGGUUAUGGUGUGAAUAGGAAGUCUGUGCUUGAUUCCGAUGGAAUCUGUGGCUGUUUAUUAAACGAGAUUGGAUAUUUAUUCAAAGAGAACCGAGGUAACUGAAACGAAACUUCAGUGAUUCUCCGAAGCAAGUGACGGGAAGCUCCACCGCCUACUUGUGUAUUGGUUCGACAAAGUGUGAGGAGCAGAUGGAACCACCAGCGUAAAGUGCUCAUAAAGAUACUUCCGUUUUUAAAGGAAUGCAGUAGAGUGCGUGCGGUGCUAUAGUUGGAAUCGAGAGCGCCUCUGAGUUCCUGUGUAUUGAUUGUGCGUGUGCUUGGCCAUUCGAAGCGAGAGAUCACGCGUGCUGAACAGUGAAACAUGAUGUGCGCCGGCAGAUAAAUCGAGUGGCAGAAAUGAACGGCUAGAGAUGACGUACUCGUAGGUUCGGUUUCUUGUAUUUGCGUUCAUUAAAGGUGCGAGAGCAAGAUGGAGAUGAUUUCCGGCCGGGGGCAGGUGCGGAGUGGGAGGGCGGUGGUCGGUCUCGAUGUGGUGAGUCAUACGCUGCCUCGGAGUUUCCGCACGCCCACGACUCAGCCUUGCUGUCCGCCCACGACCCACCAGGAGCUUCCCGAGGACAUCUGCAGCGACCCCGGCUGUGCGGGAUGCCAGCCCGACCUGUGUGCGGGCGAUCCUGACCUUCAGUUCACGGGCGGCUCCCCCUACCCAGCCCACAUCUAUCCUAGUGUCUUAACGAGCGGCUGGGGUGCGGGGGGCGAGGACGACUGCCUCUCCUGCAGCCUGUCCUCCCAGCCGCCAUGCGUGUGUCCUGACCCUCGUUGCAGCGGAAGCCAGGUGACCCCCUCGCCCUUCUGGGGUCACCACGAGCACCACGAGCACCGGCAGCAGCAACAGCAACAGACCCAAAGCGCGGAGACAGAUGUGCAAGUUACCCGUACGGCUUCCGAAUGCACGCUACCAAAACUCCUGAGCAUAGAGGAGCAACUCACAACCGCCUUGGGUCGACCACCUGACGCCCAAGUGCAAACUCGAUCACACAACCGGAAGAUGCCUCCUGCUUCCCACCGCCUCAGUAGGAGUGUGGAGGAUUUGCCUAAGGAUAUCAAGGAGCACAUCCUCAAGUGCCAGUGCUCGUGUGAUCACCUGGGCUACGGCAACUUUUCGAGUUUACAGCAUACUCCCAAUAUGACCCGACAUUCAACACCAGGAUAA